AUGUCUCAAGAGCACAAGAUGAAGCCCGAACAUGAACCCGAGGACCCAGCUCUCGGCCAGGUCCCCUCCGUGCUGGCAGAGGGCGAAGUCACGGCCCAUCCGGCCACAGCCCACGACGACGUCUUCGGUGAGAUCUCUGAAAAUGGGCCAAACUAUCGUGAUGUUGGCUGGCUCGGCACCGUCGCGCUCAUGAUGAAGACGCAAAUCGGCCUAGGUGUCCUCUCCAUCCCGUCUGCAUUCGACACACUCGGCCUUAUCCCAGGCAUGAUCUGUAUGCUGGUCAUUGCGGCUAUAACCACCUGGUCGGACUACAUGAUCGGUGUCUUCAAGUUGAAUCACCGUGAGGUCUACUCCAUUGCUGAUGCCGGUGGUCUGAUGUUUGGGAAGCCGGGGAAGGCGUUCUUUGGGGGGGCGUAUGUUCUCUACUGGAUCUUCGUCGCCGGCUCCGGAAUGCUGAGCAUCUCGAUCGGCCUGAACGCCGUCUCCACGCACGGUGCCUGCACCGCUAUCUUCGUGGCCGUUGCAGCCAUCAUCGGCUUUACCUUUGGCAGUAUCCGCACUCUGGGCAAGCUGGGCUUCCCUGCCUGGGUUGGAUUGACUUGCAUUCUCACAGCCAUCUUCACCGUCACAAUCGCAGUAGGCGUGCAAGACCGCCCCUCCGAAGCGCCGCAAACAGACACCCCCUGGAAAUCCGACUUCAAGGUCAUCGGCAACCCCUCCUUCACCGAGGCCAUCACCGCCGUGUCCUCGCUCAUCUUCGCCUACUGCGGCACCCCAGCCUUCUUCGCGAUCGUCUCGGAGAUGCGUGAUCCCAGCUACUACACGCGCAGCCUGAUGAUCUGCCAGUCCGGCGUCACGGCAAUCUACAUCACCAUCGGGACGGUCGUGUACUAUUUCUGCGGGAGCUAUGUUGCGUCGCCGGCGCUGGGGUCCGCGGGCCCGAUGGUCAAGAAGGUGGCGUAUGGGUUUGCGUUGCCUGGGUUGAUUGUGACGACGAUGCUUGUUAUUCAUCUCCCCGCCAAAAUCAUCUUCAUCCGCCUCCUCCGCGGCUCGCGCCACCUGACCUCCAACACCCUCACGCACUGGGGCACCUGGCUCGCCUGCACAUUCGGCAUCACAAUCGUCGCGUACAUCAUCGCCAGCGCGAUCCCCGUGUUCGACGGCCUGGUUAGUCUUGUGGGUGCACUUUUGGGCACGCUCAUGUCGUUCCAGCCGAUGGGGUGCAUGUGGCUGUACGACAACUGGAAGAGGGGGAAGAGCGAGACGGGCAGAGGCAGGAGUAUGUGGAUUGCCAUGGUUGUCUGGGCGAGCUUUGUCAUUGUCAUCGGCACGUUCUGUAUGGUUGCUGGGACUUAUGGGAGUGUUGUUGGUGUGGUUGAUAGUUAUCGGGCGACUGGGGGGUCGGGGGCUUGGAGUUGUCAGGAUAAUUCGGGGAGUACUUGA